CUCGCAUUGCCUCUUGCCGGUGGUACUGUACAUACAACCUAACACCACCUCACCAUCUCCAAGCCUCAUAUUCCUCGCUACCUGACCUCUACCACGUCCUCUAACGCGCCUUAGCCUUCAUCAUGGGUUCCGAUUCACAGUUCAUAAAAUACCCGGAUCUCACCCUUGCCCAGCACAUCUUCUCUCUUGGUAUAACGCCUCGGACGCCGCAAACAGCGUCUAUCAACUACAUCCAGAAUGCAAUCAAGGAACAUAAGAUGGCGCCGUUAUAUAGGCACCUCGCUCACCCCAUCGAAGGUGUUCUCAACUCCGUCGGAGAAAGCUCAGCGCAACCUGCGAACCCUCCCUUGAAGGCCCCAUCCCGCCGGACUUCUCUUGUUUCCAGUAACCUACUCCCAUCUAAGAAGCUCCUGUCUUCGGGUAUCCUACCCUGGGACGAGGCACUGUAUGAGCAGCUCAAGGCAGACAAUGAGAAAGAGCUAGAAGAGUAUCAGAAGGAGGAAGAAGAGGCCGAAGAGAAGGCUGGCGAGACUGAGGUGCAGGCGGCUCGGAGCAAACGCGCGGAGUUUUGGGCCCGUGUUGGUGACAAGGAUAAAGCAAUUGCAGCCUACGAGACUGUCUUCGACAAAACCGGCCCGUUAGGAACCAAGAUCGACAUUGUUCUUGCCAUUAUCCGGAUCGGCCUAUUCUUCAAUGACAAGGCGUUUGUGAAGAAGCAAGUCGAGCGUGCAGACAUACUGGUGGAGAGUGGCGGUGACUGGGACAGAAGGAAUCGAUUAAAGGCGUACAAAGGCCUGCACCUCCUCACCGUCCGAUCCUACAAUCUCGCUGCACCUCUGCUGCUUGACAGCCUCUCCACUUUCACGAGUUACGAACUAUGCAGCUACUCUUCACUGGUCGUCUACGCAGUUCUCGCGGGCUCACUGUCGCUCAAGCGUGUGGAUUUCAAGGCUAAGGUUGUGGACGCGCCCGAAAUCAAAGCCAUUCUGGGGAAUAAUGAAGAGAAAGCACCGGGGGCAGACGAAGAAAUGAAAGAUGUGUCUUCGGCCACGGCCGAACGUGCUUCUGGACUGGUGAAUUUGAACACUCUGGGGACCGGUUCGGCGGUGGAAUCGCAGACCGAGGCACCAAUGGAUUUCUCGUCUCUGGCAGGACUGGUGAACAGCUUGUACAGUGGCAAUUACCGCAACUUCUUCCUUGCCCUGGCGGCGGUGGAAGAGAACUUCUUGACGCAGGACCGAUAUCUGUAUGAGCACCGGGCCUGGUUUGUCCGCGAGAUGCGCCUGCGGGGUUACCAACAACUCCUGCAGUCAUAUCGUGUAGUGGGCUUGGCCACCAUGGCCCAAGCAUUUGGGGUCAGCGUGGAUUUCUUGGACAGAGAUCUGGCCAAGUUUAUCGCGGGUGGUCGAGUGAGCUGUACCAUUGACCGAGUGCAGGGGGUAAUUGAGACGACACGUCCCGAUGACAAGAACAAACAAUAUGCCGACGUGGUAAAGCAGGGAGAUGCGCUUAUCACCAAGUUGCAGAAAUAUGGCCAGGCUGUGAGACUACGAGGCAGCGAGCGAGCAUAGAGUCGAAGCAUAAAUCAGGAUCUCAUCGGCGUGUGUUCAUUUCAGCGGACGGCAUACAGGCGGGCGAAGAUGCGUCUGGCGUUGAAGGGUUUUGGUACAGAAAAGGCUGCGUCUUGACACGUUGACUCUGUAGAGAAUGCAAAUUGCCAGGCAAGCAUGGUCUUCAUUUGGGCGACGUAAGUAGCAGAGAGUCUACAGGCCUACCAGCACUACCUAGUAAUACUGUACCUUUUGUCGUUUCUAGAUGUGUUGUAAUAGUACAUCAAGUCGUAGGUGUGGUUAAUCGCAGGGGUUCCAUAGGCGCAGGGAACCCCCAC